AUACAAAUUACUCAAACCAAUAAAAAAUAAACAGUGAUGAAGACAACAUUGUUCGCUUUUGUUCUUCUCUUUGCCCUGAUCUCACAACCACUUCUGGGAGCAGCUGAAGCUUCACCUGAUGAAGUAGUUGACACAUCAGGCAAGCUGCUACGUGCUGGUGUGAACUACAACAUUCUUCUAUCCAUGCCUUACAGUAAAUGUAGAAGUCCACAAGGCCUUGGCCUCUCAAAGAUUGGUAAAUCAUGCCCUCUGGAUGUUGUGGUUGUGGAUAGAUAUCAUAGUUUGCCACUAAGGUUUAUACCUGUUAACCCGAAAAAGGGUGUUAUACGUGUCUCCACAGACCUAAACAUCAUGUUCCCUCCUAACAUCACUUGCCCUCACCAUUCCACAGUGUGGAAGCUUGAUAACUUUCAGGUUUCUAAGGGACGCUUUGUGUCAACUGGUGGUGUUAAGGGCAAUCCUGGGAGGGAAACCAUUGGAAAUUGGUUCAAGAUUGAGAAGUAUGGUGGUGCUUAUAAACUAGUUUAUUGUCCCAGUUUGUGCCCUUCUUGCAAGGAUGUUGUGUGCGAGAAUGUUGGGAUGUUGGCUGAUGAGAAAGGGAACCAUCGUUUGGCUCUAAGUGCUGUUCCCUUCCAAGUUAAAUUCCUCAAGGCCUAACCACAGUUCCUCUUGUUGUGCACCACCAACUAUGAAUGUUUUCAGUGUGUUUCUGAUAAUGAUGUGUGUUCUUUACAUCUUAUUUUGUGAGGAUAUAUACCCUAAUUUAUAGGGGAAUUCCUUGUUAUGAUGAAUAAGUAUUGAAAUAAA